CGAAGCUCGAAUCGGCAGCGCAAGAGUGUGUUAAAGAUAUCAAAAACAAGUUUGUGGAUCGGCAACGGGGUGGACGUAGUAGCACUGAUGGGGUUACUCACUUCGGUUUGAAAGAGGCAGAAGAAGCGGCGCGUGGGCUCGCUCAGCUCAUCGAGAAAACGGAACAAAUGCAGCCGCAUAUCGAGUGUUAUGAAAAGCUGAAGAAUCCAAAACUAGGGGACGCGCUCAAGCUCAAAUUAAAGACGGAGACUUUCAGCAAAUCGCUCGCAAGUUUUCUCAGAGACGAGGUUCAACAACUUCUCUUACCGUUUUUAGCUGGCUCAAACGCAAACGAUCUGGUAGACGGCCUCGAUUUUACUCAUAUUGACGAUGUUAUGGAAACCAUGAAGGAUCACGUUAAAGAUCAACUUGCCGAAUCCGAAGCUCCUAAGCCGUGAGCUGUUUUUGGUGCAUGCCGAUAACGUGUCUGCCCAUGUUGGAUAUUUUAAGGAGAGGAUGGGAAAUAUAUCAGUGACCUCCAGUCUACAGAGGAUGGAAGGUACCGACUACUUUUGCGUGUUUGUUCUCCCUUCGAUAGACUGGUAACCUGUACUCUUCAUCUUCUACUAGAGAGUUGAAAUUGAAUGUUUGAUGUUUUUGAGAAACUUGUUGCACUGAAUUUUCCGACAACAUCACAGCUGGAAGGGAUGGUUGCCUGGGUGUGGAGGAGAAAAACUAUGACGACGAUCAUGAUAGGAUCAACUCUGGGAUGUGCGGCUUGCUUUGUUGGGUACUGAAACUUGUUGUUGAGAUUAUUUUCUUCAAUUUUGAUAACUAAGUGCGUACCUACGUUCCAAUCGCGAUAUCUAAAUUUGUCUUUUCAAAUGUAUGUGCAGCUUCAGGGAGAUCGUUAGCACUAUCGACACUGGUUUCUAAUAUGGCUAUCGUCACGCAUGUAGUAGCCUGCACUCAUCUUGUCUCCGUAUGAUAGUUCUUCUGUGAUAACACCACCCGUGGGCUUGGGAAUUGAGGAGAACAACUCUGAGGAGGGGACUACAGAUCGAUGGGAAGUACUACUUCAACGAAUUAUAUUCUUUGUGGCCGUUGUGGUUGUCUCUUCAAGUAGAUAGUCAUAGUUGUAAACUGGACUUUUUUCGCUUGUUCUUCUAGUUCGAUCUAUGAAAAGCAAGCCUGCUGAUGAACACAAAAAGGAGGUUCUCAGGUGCUGUCGAGAAAGUAUUAGUACUGAAUUUUCUGACAGCCACAGCCACUAUUACUACAUCACAGGUGGAGCGGUUGUUUGUGUGUGGAGGAGAAAAAGUAUCAAGACGAGGUGGGUAGGGAGACGACGGAAAAAUUGCUGUUAAACCACAUAAUAGAUUGCUGUUAAACUACAGGACUUGCUGCAUCUUGAGAUGGGCAUUUGUGCCAUGUACAGGGAUGGACUCACUAUGGGUAGCUCUAAACUGGCACGUCUUCAACGAUAUGAAAAUGGCCGUGGUCGGCAUCUACUAAAGGAGUGCGCACAUGAAAAAUCGUAGUCUAGAAAGAUGAUGAUAGAUUGAUAAAAAGCGUUUUUUCUAAUAGACAUUUUUUUAUUGCAAAAGUCGCCCAUUGAAGGAAUUUUUGGUCAGACCGUCAGACCCCCGAAAAGGAGGAAACGUGGCAAACAGUGGCGAGCAUUGCAGCCCAGAUCAAUUGUGCUUAAAAAUGAUACAUCAAAAGGCGAAGGUCGCUAGAUACUGC